AUGACAUACCCGGAAAAUUUUAAAAACACUUUAUUCGUAGAUAUCUUAGAAGCUUUGAAAAUAGUGGAAUUUGAGGAACGACCUAAUACUCAAGAAGAUUUUCAAAAAGUUGCUAAUGAAGACCCUCAUUCUGAAAAACUUCAGAAUUCUGAAGAAGUAGAUUGUGAUGAUAAUGAUAAUUCUAAUGUUUCCAAUAAUUCCCCAAUAGGACAUAAUUCCGAAAGACUCUUAAAUAUCUCUAAAAGUGAAACUAAUAAUGUGGAUAAAGAUAUCGAAUACGAAUAUAAUUGUUCCGAUGAUACAAUUGCUACAGAUCCAAUUGACCCAUUCCUUGUCGAUUGGCAUGGGCCUGAUGAUCCAGAUAACCCACAUAAUUGGAAACCUUGGAAAAAGUAUUUAAUGAUGGCAGAAAUUAUGCUUUUAACAUGUAUCAAUUAUAUGGGUUCAUCAAUUUAUACUCCAGGUGAAGAAGAAAUCCAACGAGAAUUCCAUGUUGGACAUGUAGUUGCUACUCUAAACCUUUCCAUGUAUGUUUUAGGGUACGGUAUUGGCCCCAUGAUUUUAUCUCCAUUAUCCGAAUAUGCAAGAUUCGGUCGUUUAUAUAUCUAUUUGGUCACAUUUUUCAUGUUCGGUUUGUUUCAAGUUGGUUCUGCAACUGUUAAAACUAUUGGUGGUUUAGUUGUUAUUAGAUUUAUUGCCGGUGUCUUAUGUUCACCUGCAUUAGCUACGGGUGGUGCCAGUUUGAGUGAUUUCCUGUCUACCACAAGCAUGCCAUAUUUCCUUGGUCUAUGGUCAAUUGGUGCAAUAGCAGCUCCAGUCUUAGCACCAUUAUUGGGUGCUUGUAUGGUUGUUGCCAAAGAUUGGAGAUGGAUCUUUUGGUUCUUAUUAUUUUUAGUGGCUGCAUUGCUUCUUGUUUUAUCAUUCUUUUUCCCUGAAACACAUGCUGGUAAUAUUUUACAUCGUAGAUGUAAAAGAUUAAGAAAAAUUACCGGUGAUGAUAGAUAUUAUACUGCCCAAUAUAAAAAGGAAUCCACUUUAGAAGUGAAUGAAUUCUUAAAGAAAUGCCUUUUGAAACCAUUCAGAUUGAUUUUCCAAGAACCAAUUAUUUUGGCAUUCGAUUUAUACACUGCGGUUGCUUAUGGUAUAUUCUACUUGUUUUUUGAAGCUUUCCCAAUCGUAUUCGUGGGUAUCUAUAACUUUACUGUAAUUGAACUAGGGCUAGCUUUUCUAGGGUUUUGUGUUGGUUGUGUCUUUGCCUAUGCUAUCUGGGUAGUAUUCAUGUGGAAAUAUAUUUCACCCAAAUUUGCCAAUGGAACAUUUGUUCCUGAAAAUAUGGUAGUCUUAGGUAUGUACCUCUGCAUGUUCUUACCAUUAACAUUAUUUUUCUUUGGCUGGACAGCUAAAGUUCACUGGAUUUUACCAAUAAUUUCUGAAUUAUUUUUCGUUAUAUUUACUUUCAAUUUAUUCCAAAUCACUUUUUCAUAUUUAGCUAUUGGAUUUCCAGCUCAUGUAGCAUCUGUUUAUGCUGGUAAUGGGUUUUGUAGAGCUGCAUUAGCCUCAGGAUUCCCCUUAUUUGGUAAAGCCAUGUAUGAUAAUUUAGGUACCAAAAAUUACCCUGUUGGAUGGGGUUCAUCAUUAUUAGGGUUUAUUAGUGUAGCAUUAGCAGUUAUUCCAUUUGUAAUCUACAAAUACGGCGCUUAUUUGCGUAGUAGAUCAUCGUUUACAGCUUAA